AUGGCUGCCAUCCAAAGGAUUUAUGAGGGAGAAGUGUUCAAUCGGCUGCAGCUCCCGGGUUCACUCACUGGGUUGACUUCGUUGACUCAGCUUGACCUGGAUUUCAUUUCCGAAGAGAAGCUUCCCGAGGGCAUUGGGAAGCUGAAUCAGCUGCGCCAACUUCACAUCCAGUGCUGUUUCGAUCUCAAAGAGAUUCCUGAUUCCGUGACAGGGCUGACCAAUCUGGAUACCCUCACUAUUGGGUUGUGCAGCCAGCUCGUGUCACUUCCCAACAAGCUCGAUGGGCUUUUCAAGCUCAAACGCCUGGAGAUAAUCGGGUGUCACCCUGCUGUAUGGCUGAACGGUCCUCGAAUCUCCCUGCCAUCCUCUCUCGAUUCCCUUAGUCUGGGGAGCUACAAUCACGCCAUGCAUCUGCUAGACCUCCCUGUGCUGCCGAAUCUCAAGAAGCUGACACUGAAUGUGGUCAAUGUGGAGGGUGGGGAAGGUGGUGUGGCUGUCCACAGUGCUUUCCCCCAGUUAGAGCAUCUGGAGUUGGUGUUGGCAGAAGAUGCAGAGGAGCUCACGUUCCCUUUGGCUUCUCUCCCCCAGCUGCGGAUUCUGGCGAUCUCCAGGGCUGGUAACAUCGAGAAGCUUCCAGGAAGCAUUGGCUCAGACCUGAAGCAUCUUCGGCACUUGCGGAUAGAGAAUGCUCCAGAAUUGCAAGUGCUGCCAGAAACGGUCACCCAGCUUCGCCAUCUGACAUCCUUGGGGGUUCAUGCACCCAAACUCACUUCCCUUCCCACCAGCAUUGGUGCGCUAUCCAGGCUACGGGAGCUGGAUCUCUCAGACUGCUCUGCCCUGGAGAAUCUCCCUGCUUCGCUCACCCAGCUCGCCUGCCUGAACAAGUUGAGUGUUCAAAACACUGCGAUCCGCUCGUUUCCAGCAAACUUCGCGCAGCUGACCCGGCUGAAGAGUCUGGACCUGUAUGGAUGUGCAAGAUUGGAGAGCCUGCCGGAAGAUUUUCCUGAGCUCGGGAUGCUGCAGUUUUUUAGAUGUUACUACCAGGCUGCGGAUAAUUUGAAAAUUAAAGAUCUGUCGGAGCUUACAACCCAGGCUGUAGCUGACAUGGUUCGAGGAUGUCAGCCGCGCCGCACCCCGCCGCACCGCGCGGAACCGCAUCGGACUCAACCGCUGUUCAUCGAACGGUACAGCAUUCAGCCGCAUUGCAUGUCGCAGUCUCAAAGCUCCAGCUCGGACCCUCACUCGACUUCCUCCCUGUCGUCAUCAGCACCACAAUCGACCGCGCUGCACCCCUCCCCAUCGCGUGCAGCACCGCACUCAACCGCACAAAUUGCACCCUCUACAUCUCCUCCUUCCUCCCCUUCUCUCCCUGAGCUGCUUGCUGCAUGGAGGGAGAAGCGAGCAAGACAACACGACGCUGCAACCACAGAACCGCACUCAACCGCACAAUCUGACACGCAAUCCACGUCAGCAGCCCACUCAGACGCCAGAAUCGAAGACACCAAGAUCUCAACGUCCUUAGCCCCCUCGCUUCUUGCUGAUAUGCGAAGUGAAAUGAAGACCGUUGCUCAGCUGUACAGCCGUCAGGGGGGAAAUCAAGGGGGAAAGAAGGUUUCAGACUCUGUGGGUGGUUCAGGAGAGAACGGAGGUGACUAUAGCGAGGUUCUUCGUGUACCAGCCUCGCUACAGGAGGCGGAGGAUCUUCUCCAACAGCUAAUAGAGGAGACUCGCUCCCUCUCCUCUCCCUCUGGGGUCAACCUGGUGGCGUUCUCAGGGGGGGUUGACUCCUCCCUCGCUGCCCACCUGCUGCACAGAGCAUUCUCGGACUCACUCUCUUGCUCACCUUGCCUUCAACACCCACCCUCCCAGGAGACUCGCUCCCUCUCCUCUCCCUCCGUGGUCAACCUGGUGGCGUUCUCAGGGGGGGUUGACUCCUCCCUUGCUGCUUUCCUCCUGCACAGAGCACGCUCGGACCUCCCUUCAAUCAAACCACUUGCUCACUUUGCCAUCAACCCACAUCCUCCCAGGAAACCCGUUCGCUCGCCUCUCCCUCCGGGGUCAACCUGCCCCUCGCUCUCCUCCUCUCAGCUAAUCACAGCCCGCCACGUGGCAGCAGCCAUAGGCAUUCCCCUGUGGGAGGUGGAAACAACAGAGGGUCAGGUGCCAGAGUACGUGGCGAAUGAGGGAGCGAGCUGCUACGCCUGCAAGGCAACCCUCUACACCACGCUAUACACUGUAGCGCAGCAGUCCUUAACGAGGAUAGGAAUGGAUAGCAGCAAUCGUAAUGAAGUCACUCUGUUCAAUGGCACCAACGCGGAUGACCUCUCAGACCCCUCCCGCUUGGGUCUGCUGGCUGCUCUGCACUGCCGGGUCGUGUCUCCCCUCGCCCGCCUACCUAAAGCCGCUGUGCGGGCUGUAGCACGAGCAGCGGGUUUACCCAACUGGGACUUGGCAGCAUCACCCUGCCUGCGCAGCAGACUAGCGUUUGGGGUUGAAGCCACAGCAAGCACUCUGAUGCUGGUGGAGCGAGCGGAGAAGAUG